AGCUGAGUUGGUGAAUUGCAAAAAUGCCAGCCAGGAAUGAGAUGCAGUUUGAAAAGUUAAUUGAUGAAGCUGCAGGAAAAAAGGAUUUCCAAUCCUUGGAAAAAUUUCUGGCCACAGAAGAAUGUGAAAAUGUCUCUCACAAAUGCAGCAAACAGUUUGUCAACAAAUUGGACAAGCUCCUGUGCUGGGCACUUGACAAACAAGAAAUCAAAAGCAUUUCUACUUUAAUAAAUGCUAUUCAGAAAUGUGGGAGAAAAAUCAGGAUAGCAGGAGAGGAUGGACUCCUAGCAAUGAUAAAACACGGUCUUGUUGGAAGGAUGGUCAAUUGGUUUGAAAAGCUAAAAGGAAUUUUGGUCCUCAGAGGAAAUGAAAAGAAUGAAAUGCUUACAAGUCUGGCUGAAGAUUUCUUCAUCAUGUUACUGGUUGUGUGUGACAGCAGACCUGAAGGUAAAAUGCAAAUACUAGAGAACUUUGUUCUGAGAACGUGUUCCCUCAUCACUGAUGCAAGAAUUAAUAUUUAUGUUCAGCAGGAGGUAAUAAAAAAACUGAAUUUACUGCUUGACAAGAUCCCUCGAGAUGCCAGGAAAAAGAUACUUUCUACAAAGGAGAUGUUACUUGUCAUGAGUGAAAUGGGCAAGACAAUUUUGGAUGCUGGAGACUAUGACACACAAGUGGCCAUCACAGAAGCUCUGUGCAGGAUGGUGUCAGAGAAGCAAAGGGGAAUUCUGGCCUCCCAGUGGUUUCCCAUGGAGUUUGUGUCCACUGCGUUUAAAGGAAUUAAAGAUUCAGAGUUUGAGACAGAUUGCAGAAAAUUUCUUAACCAAGUGAAUGGCAUGCUUGGAGACAAAAGAAGGGUUUUUACAUUCCCAUGUUUAUCAGCAUCUCUUGAUAAGCAGGAGCUGCAGAUACCAUUGGAUGAAAACCUGGAAGACUUUUGGAUUGAUUUCAACACUGGCAGCAGAAGUAUUUCCUUCUAUGUGGCAGCAGAGGAUGAAGAUCAUCAGUGGGAAACAGUCAUUAUACAGGAAGAAGAUGUCAACAUGUACAGCCUGGAAGAAAAAGAUUCAAAUAAAUUAUUAACAAUAGAUCUAAAAAGCCCAAUGAGUGUGGGCACUCUUGAAGGAGAGAAAUUUCUUUUAUAUUUUGAUUCUAUCUUGGAAAUCAAAGACGUGAUCGUAAAGAUUUAUGGAUUUCAUAAAUGUAAGGAUUUCAGCAAGAAGCAGUCUGCAUCAGUGGCCAAAACAAGUGUCCACGUUGUCUUUGAUGAAAGUGGAUCACAGGUUCUGGUACCAGAAAGUCAGCUGACACCAGGUUUGAAAGAAAAAUCUGGAGAGGAGGAGGAGAAAGUCAGUAAAUACAAAACUCAGCAACCUCCUGUAAGUUUGAGGACUCAGAGUAAAAAUAACAGUCAAGAAAAACUCAGAGGUGAUUCCUCCAAGAUAACUCCAUCCCGCAAAAGGAAAGUGUCUGAGGCAUCUGUGCUCAUUCCUGGAACCACGAGUGUGUCCACAAGGAGCCCACUGUCUUUUGUCAGCACAUCCACUCCUUUUAAAGGGAGAUUUAAAUUGCCUUUGGAAAUGACCAGCUCUACUAAGAGGUCUGACAAUGAUGCAGUAAAUGAGAGCAGAACAAAGAACUUCUAUCAGGAACCUCCUGACAAAACGUGUUCUGAGGAAGUUUCAAAAAUUGUACAAGAGGCCACAGAAAAGCAAACUUUAGAUGAAGUGUUAGAUAUUGUUCCUGAUUCUCAGCCAGUGGGGAGAAGCAGCAAACCUUUGCUGCCUGGUCUUUUGGAGACUUCUUUUAAUAAAACCGAAACAUGGAAAAAAAGAACAUUCCCUCUUCCUGCGAAGAAUAUAACAACUGGGGACAAGCAAAAUGCAAAUCCACCACUGGCACGUGCAUCUCAUGCAGCCAGAGUGUCUGACACAUCCUUGCAUGCUGAUCUUCCACAAGAGGACCCUGAUAUUCUCCUCAGAAAAGAAACUACAAAUCCAAAACAGUCAAAGACAAAACCAAAGUCUAAAGAAAUGGCAGAUGCAGCCAAAUCGCUGAUCAGUAAAAUCAGUGAGAGAUACAGAGACAGGAGUGAUGAGAAGAGCAAGGCAAGAGAGUCCCUGGGCUUUAACAGGACACAUUUAAAUAAAUCCUGGAUCUCCAAGGAAGAAGUUCAGGACAGGACCCUAAAAACGGCCUCUUUUCUUAAUAUAACUGCUGGCCAUGUUCUGGAUGAUGUCUACAACUUUAACAUCAGCGGGUUUGAUGAGCCUACAAUCAAGCUUGGAAUCCAAGAACUGCGUGUGACUGAGCUGAGUGUUCAUGCAGAGACAAACAGAAAAGGGAACACAGCCAUCAAUAAAUCCAGCACAGAAGGGAAAGAAGGAAAAAAGAUGAGAAACAAUCGAGACAAGAAGCAUCUCUUUAGUGACUCAGACACAGAGAACAGAGGGGAUGACAGCAAGACAGAGAUUAGUUGGCUGCAGGAAUCCAGGAGGAAACCUAAAGCCCAGAUAAUUGAUUACAGUAGAAGUAAAAAAUCAGGGAAACCAAUGGGCACAGACAAAAAUAAAUCCUCUGAAUCUGCUUGGUACAUGGAUAAAGCUAAAGGCAAAAAUACAAAUAAGAAAAAGACAAACAAAUGUAAACCCCAGAAUUCAAAAAUGGAUGAAACAAUAGUAAAACCCACCAGAGAAAAACUCCCUCGAAGAGCAGCAGCAACAAAAAAUUACAAAGAACCUUCCAGUUCUGAGUCUGAGAGUGAGGAAGAGAUUCCAAUGUGCACCUCCAAGGAGGAAAAAUCCAAAAUCCAGAAAUACAUGAAUGGGGCAAGCAAGGAUUGCAGGCAGCCAAAGGUGCUGCAGAUUGAAGCUGUGGAGCCGAAGAGAGUGGAGAGCUUUGUGCAGAGAGCCCUGCUCAAGCCCAGGAGUCCUGCAGAGCACAGGGAAGUGGAAAUGCCUUCAGCUGAGAGCCCUGCCUCCCUUGAGACCAUGAGAUGUGCGGAGGGAGUGUCGGGAGGUGGCAGCCCAGAGCACAGCUCCAGCCAGAGGUCGCUUGGCCUGCAGGAGUCACCGCCAGAAGACAGGGAAGUGCUAAACUCUGAGAGAGGAACCUCUCCCGGUAAUUUCUGUCCACAAAACAAGAGUAUGCAAGGUCUGGCUGUAACUCAGUCCCCUGAGACAGCAGCUACAAAGUUCACGUUUGGAAGGAAAAGCUUCUCACCAGUUUUAACUGAAGCAUCUUUGCUCAGCUUAACCACAUACAAAACUGUCAGUGGUAAAAGUUCCAAGGGAACUGCAGCAGAAACCUGUAAGAAUAAUGAAGAUUCCAGUUUCCAGCAUAGUUUUUUAGACACAUUUUCUGUUAAAGGAAAGCUUCAGGAUAUCACUAAACCUAUCCCCAAAAAUAAGGAAGAGCUCAGCUUAACAAUGUAUAAAGCUGACAGUGGACAACGUGCAAAUGGAGCUGUGCUGGAAACAGAGAAUAACAACGGGGAUUCCAGUCUCCAGUCCUGCUUUUCAGACACGCUUUGUGCUAAAGGCAAACUGCAGGAUGCCACCAAACCUCUCACUAAAAGUAAAGAGGAUUGUGUAGCACCAUCCCCACUGUCUGCUUGCAGCAGGAGUAGAGUACAGUCCUGGAUUAGAGAACCUUAUUCCCCCCUGAAUGAGUCAGGGCCAAGUGUACAGACAUUCCUCAAACGAACUUACCACAGUGCCACAGAAAGCAGCUCUGAGGAGGCAGAAACAAGCAAAGAGGAGGAAAAGAAGGGAAGGAGAAGAAGUUUACAGCCCAAAAGAUUAUUUAAACCAGAUGAUGCUGCUACUUACAGAGUGUCUGAAAGUAUCUCCACUCAAUCUGUAAAUGACCUGUCUGGUUUGGAUGGGGAAUUCUGGGGGCCCAAUUGCUCAACCAUCAGCAUUUGUCAGCAGCUCCAGAAAGAAUUUACCAAGAAAAUUGAGAGCCGCUCCCGGAAAAUGGACAAUUUUAGUAAGCAAGCCCUGAGAGCUGCCCAUCAGCAUUUGGCAACAAUGAGCCACCAGCUCCAUGAAUGCAGGAUCAGGCAGUUGGACAAAUUUCAUUUUACUCUCACUGAGGAGCUUGAGAAAUUUGAAAAGGACUCUCAGUCCCUGAAAGUCAUGGAAAAAGAAUUCUCGACCUUUUGGAAAAAGCAUUCCCACACUUUUAGUACAUACAUGAAAAACGAGCAGCAGAGAAUGCAGAUUCUUAAAACUUCCUUUGAAAAGAAUAUCUGCUAUUCUGUUGGCUCUGAAGAAAAUGUUUUUACUUCAGAGAUGCAUCUGAUGAAAGAAGACAUAAAAGAACUCCAAGAGAAAUUUCUAAAAGAAAUGCAAGAAGAGGAGCUGUGUAACGUUCGCAGGGGAUUGCAGACCUUGUUUCAAUCAAAGGCAGAGUUCUGAACGGAUUCUUCCUGAAAUUCCAGCAUAUUUUUAAUGUGUUUUAUAUCGUAUUUAUUGCCAGUGGAAGUGUGCAUCCCUGCUGAACAGGCCAUGCUGUACAUGGAUUAUUAGCCAAGCUGAGUUUGUAGUUUGCAGUGGCUCAUCUGCUCUCCUCAAACUGAAAACGCUCCUUCUGAAGAAACUUUGCUCUCCUUUGUGUUUAACCUUUUUGUAUAUUUUGCCUGGACUAUCAUUAUAUUGUUGUUAAGAAUUAAUCCUAUACUAUUAAUAAUAAAAUGAUAUAUAAUAUAUGUAUGUUAAAAGGCUAGUUAUGAUGUUACAUAUUUCUGUGAAAAGCCAGCAAGUUAAAAAAUUACAAUAAAGAGGAAAAAACCCAUAUUUUGGAUCAAGUGAUGGAGUCAUUCAAGUCUUCAGCUGAUAGUCCAGUAAGACAAACAUUAAAAUGUUGCCACCACCUCUCCCAGGAGUCCUCAGUUCCUUCUGCCACUGCCCUGGCACAGACUUUGUGUUGUGUCCUCACCUCCAUCCCUGACAGUUCCUGCAGGAGCAGCUCCCGUUCCUGGGGCUCCAUCCCCGCCUGGGACAGAGCUCACGCUCAGUGUGGGGCUGUUCCCCACCUCACAGCAAUUCAGCAGUACAAGCACGUUGACAGACUGCAUUUUAUUAUUUUCACACUUCAUGGAGAUCAUCUCAAUGAAGCUACAGGACCAAGAAUGCCUUUGCCAAGUUUUUAACACUGAAUGCCUCCCUAGCAUGGCAGCACUGCAGAGAAAUGCUUGCACAGGAGUGGAUUCACCCUUUUGUUCUCCUCAUCACAUGUGGUUUCCAGCUAUCAAUGUGUUCUUUUUCUCACAGGUAUUUUUUUAGUAGUACUGAGGAAAUCCUCAGGUGCUUCUCCAUGUCAGACAUUAUUAAAAUGUCUGGCUUUACAUUUUUCUCAACCAGUUCUAUUUGCUUUGUUAUUAGCAUUUAGUAACUUUUUCCUUCUUACUGUCAAGAAAGCAUUAAAACCAUUUGUUUGCUAAAC